UACAUCUCUAAUUUUACAAGGCAUUAUGAUCCAUUAAAUCAUUAUCUAAGUAGAUCUAUUUAUUAAGUAGAUCUAGAUCUAGAUUAGAUAUAAUUUUGUUACUAGUAAUGAUGUAACAACAGAUCUAUACUAUUAUAAAUAUACUAUUAAUAAUAAUCAACAGCGUACAAUCUAAUAAAUAAAAUAAUGACAAGCACUACUACUACGUCAAGUGAAAUUGUACAUCUCAAUGUUGGCGGAACAAGAUUUUCCACCUCCAGACAAACAUUGACUUGGAACCCUGACACAUUUUUCACCAGCUUGCUCAGUGGAAGAAUUUCAUCAGACAGGGACCAAACUGGAGCGAUUUUUAUUGAUCGCGAUCCCAAACUAUUUGCUGUGUUGUUGAACUUCUUGCGUACAAAAGAGAUCAGCUUAAGAAAUGUUGACAUAUCUGCACUGAGGCACGAGGCAGAGUUCUACGGGAUUAAUGCUUUAGUGCGGCGUCUUUCCUUGUGUGAAGAUUUAGAUCAUUCUUCUUGCGGUGAUGUUCUAUUUCAUGGCUACUUUCAUCCUCCUGCUCCACCUCUGCCUAACUCCUCCAGGCUCUCUGUGGUCAGUGUGGAGAGUGGUGAGGGUCAAAGGUCAAGUCAUCCACAUCCUCAGGGCAGAUUGUCAUCACCUGGUAUCAAGUCCACUUCAGUCUAUACCAGCCUACACAAACAAGAUAGGACUGCCUUAAGUGUAACAAUGUUGAGAGGCCACCAAAACUGGAUCUGUGCUGCCUACCCCCACUUCAUCUCCUGCUUCAGGAUGAAGGAUUCCACCGGCUGGCACCUGCUGUGGACGAGCCAGCACAUGGAGAGCCAGGUGGAGAGGGUGGCCCUCAAUGCUAAAGUGGUCACCUCCAGCCAGGACAACAGCAAGAUGGUGGCCGCCUCAGCUGGCUCCACGGUCUGGCUCUGGGCCGUAUGGGACGAUGGAGACAGCAGACAGAUAGGUGUGUUUGACCUCCAUGUGUCUGUAGACAACCUGUUCUUUAUUGGCAGCCAGCUGGUUGCGCUGAGUCGUACUGGCAAGGUGGGGGUCUGGCACUCCAUGACACAACACUGGCAGAUUCAGGAUGUUGUUCCAAUCACCAGCUAUGACACUGCGGGAUCUUUCCUUCUGCUUGGCUGUGAGGAUGGCUCCAUUUAUUACAUAGAUAUGCAAAAGUUUCCCCUGCGCAUGAAAGACAAUGAUUUGCUGGUGACCAAGUUGUACAGCGACCCAUCGGAUGACAUGGUGACAGCCCUUAGUGUCUACCUCACACCAAAGACUAGUUUGAGUGGCAAUUGGAUUGAGAUUGCUUAUGGCACCCGUUCAGGCACCGUGCGAGUGAUUGUGCAGCACCCAGAGACUGUAGGCCACGGCCCCCAGCUGUUUCAGACCUUCACAGUCCAUCGCAGUCCAGUCACCAAGGUCAUGCUGUCUGAGAAACAUCUAGUCUCAGUCUGCUCUGAGUACAACCACGUGCGGAGCUGGAAUGUGACGCGGUUCCGUGGCAUGAUCUCAACACAGCCUGGGUCAACUCCCUUGGCAUCCUUUCAGAUUGUUUCCCUGGACGACAUGGAUCCACUCCUGAGUAACUCGGCCGGGAACGACUUUGGCCCAUUUGGUGAACAAGAUGACAAUCAGCUAUUUGUACAAAAAAUUGUUUCCAACUCAGAUCAACUUUUUGUUCGUCAAAGCUCUACAGGUCAAAGAAUCUGUGUGGUCAGGUCAGUAGAUGGCAGCACCAUCAGCUCAUUUUGUGUCCAUGAAUGUGAAGGCUCCAACAGGAUGGGCUCCUGUCCACGCAGGUAUCUCUUUACAGGCCACAACAAUGGCAGCAUUCAGAUGUGGGACCUGACGACUGCUUUAGACCUCUACAGACAAGGGGACAAAGGCAAACAAGAACUGUCUGGGCCUACUGCUACAGAACUUAUCCGUCUCCUGGAGCAAGUUGACCUGAGCACGUCCAGGUGCACCACACCCAGGUGCACCACACCCAGCCCAUCACCGUCAGUCUUAGCUGGCUCAUUACACACUGUGCCAGACACGCCUGCCCCCAACUGUGAGCCUACAUGAGCCCAUCUGGACCUAACACUCUGCCCUGAGGCGUCUGAUCCAUUAGACUUCUCGCCCUAACAUAAUAAAAA